CCGCUGGGCAGCGCCAUGCCGGGCCCGUGGGCCGCUCCCGCGGCCGGGCGGAGCCGGGGGUUGGGCCGCGGCGGGCAGGGAAGGCGUGUCCCGCCCCAGCGGACGGGGCCAUCGGAGGCCUGGCGGGAGAAGGCCCUGCAGUGCCGCGUGAGGCGGGCGGGCCGGAGGGUAGGCUGGAGCCUAGCGGGAGCCCUGACGGCUCCGCUGUUCCACAGGCGUCGCCCCUGGCGGAUAGUAGAUGACUGUGGUGGUGCCUUCACAAUGGGAGCCAUAGGUGGUGGCAUCUUCCAGGCUAUCAAAGGGUUCAGAAAUUCCCCAGUGGGUGUAAACCACCGGUUGCGGGGAAGUUUGACAGCUGUUAAAACCAGAGCACCACUCUUGGGAGGCAGCUUUGCAGUCUGGGGUGGUCUCUUUUCCAUGAUUGACUGUAGUAUGGUGAAAAUGAGGGGUAAAGAAGAUCCAUGGAACUCAAUCACAAGUGGUGCCUUAACUGGAGCCAUAUUAGCCUCAAGAAAUGGACCAGUUGCCAUGGUUGGGUCAGCUGCUAUGGGAGGAAUACUUCUAGCUUUAAUUGAAGGAGCUGGUAUCCUGUUAACCAGAUUUGCCUCCGCACAAUUUCCAAAUGGCCCUCAAUUUUCAGAUGAUCCCUCCCAGUUACAGCCCUCCGCAUUUGGAGAUUAUAGGCAAUAUCAAUGAUUACAUUGUUCUACUGUUUCAUAUUGUACAUGUACAAAACCAAGAUACAGUAUGUUUUAAAACCUUACAUUGGAAAUGUAUUGUAGACCUCUUUAUGCAAACUAUGGCAAGAGGACACUUAGCACUUUUUCAUUGUAAAGAUGCACAGGAGAACUUUUAGAAGAUCAUAAAUAUAUUUAUUCAUCAUAGGAUUGCAUUGUUGUAACGUUGAUGUGUCUGACGUAACACGUUAAUGCUUAAGAUGAGGACCAAACAGAAUGCUGUACUACUUUGGUUAUGGAAUGAAAUGAACUUCCUUGGAGACUUCUCUGAAGUGUGGUAUUAACAAGGCUGCGAUUUAGUCAUGGAAUCCAUGACUUCAGCUAGUGCUGCCUGGGAGCUGCAGGGUCCCCUGCCGCCCGUGGAGGCAGGGAGCUGCAGGAGCCCCGUGCCGCUCCCGGCCACCACAGGCGGCUUGGGAGAUCCCCUGCAGCUCCCGGCCACAGCAGGCGGCACAGGGGACCCCUACCACUCCCCACUGCUGCAGCGGCAGGGGGAACCCCCAGAGCUUCUGGCCGCUGUGGGCAACUGAUGGAAACCCUGGCCGCUCGGAGGUGCCCAGGCUCCCAGUUUUGACAUGGAUAUUUUUAGUGAAAGUCAGGGACAGGUCAUGGGCUUCUGUGAAUUUUUCAUUAUUGCCCAUGACCUGUCUGUGACUUUUACUAAAAAUAUCUGUGACAAAAUCUUAGCCUUAGGUAUUAACCAUUAUUUAACCAUUAACAAUAGAACUUAUCCUCUCUCUUUACAAUCAGUAUCACAUCCAGGUAACGUUACUGAGCGUUUCAGUUUAUUUUAAGAAAAUUCAUUCAUCUACAUGAGUUCCAAUCAACACUCCUGAGGUGAAUUUUGGGGAGGAUAGUGUGUGUUGAGCCAAUAAAGAAUAAUACAUUUUUGUAACACUCCUUUGUGCUGCAUAAAGUAUUUCUCUCCACACAAAUUAAAUCCCAAUUGUAAGUAAAAUACCUUGCUUAUAAAGGGUGCCUGUUCCAGAAUUGUCUUUCCUACAGGGCUACUCUGCCUUGAUUCCUGACCCUACUCUUAGUAUUACUGGUGCGAAAAGAACAGGACGACGUGUGGCACCUUAGAGACUAACCAGUUUAUUAGAGCGUGAGCUUUCGUGAGCUACAGCUCACUUCAUGGGAUGCUGAAGCUCACGAAAGCUUAUGCUCUAAUAAAUUGGUUAGUCUCUAAGGUGCCACAAGUCCUCCUGUUCUUUUUGCGGAUACAGACUAACACGGCUGCUGCUCUGAAACCUGUCACUUAUGUGUAAUGCUCAAAAUACUUCUGAAGGAAAGUUCUGUAUUGAUGGAAAGAGUGUCAUUUGCAUUAAUAAAAAGUUACUGAUUUCCUCAGGUGCAGUUGGAAAGAAGAUAUUUUUCUUGUUUUUGAACAUGGGCCAGGAAUUAAUUAAAGCAGAACUUCAGUGAUUUGCAUGCUUUUAUAAUGCUCAAAAAUGUUUGCCUUACUCCACUGCUCAAAUAUGUGAUGGUAGUGUGUUACAGUAUGAGACCUCAGGGACUUCAUUGUUUUUACAAAACUGUUUUACCAUACUAGUGUAUGCAGUAGCAUAAUAAAUAAUUAAAAUGACAUUACAUCUGUGUGUUGUGGGGGAUGAGAGACUCAGUUUUGUGAUGCAGUAUCCUUGAUUUUUGGAACUGUAGUUACUAAUAUUUGAAAUGCAGUAGCUUGCACACUGGGUCUCUUUCUGACAUUAAUGGGAAUUAAUGAGGUUCAGCUGUAGCUUAUAGCUCAUUUGAGCAAGACAGUGUAAAUUCAUAAUGUCCAUAAUGCAUAUUUUAAAUCUUUCUUGCCUGUUUGUGAGCCUAAACCUUGAAAUGGGUCAUUUAAAAGGAUUGGAACAAAUGCUAUACUCAAAUAAGCACAGUGUGUUUAGUCAGCCAUAUCUUCUUUGUGGAUUGGUACUAGUAAGUGAUCAUGCUUGCUUAAAUAGAAAAAAGACUGUCAGAUAAAUUACAUUGUAUCUAAAGAUGCUCAUGUACAAAAUGGAAAAAAAAAUAGUUUAUAAUAAAUAUUGUUAGUGCAAAUA